CACGAUUGAGCAAUCCUGCUUCUUCCUUUCGACGUAAUUUCACACUAUGGCGCCCAUCAGGAAGCAGACGAGCUCUAAAGGUGGAAAGAAGAAGAAGAAGGUUCUGAAGUUCACGCUGGACUGCACCCAUCCUGUGGAAGAUGGCAUCAUGGAUGCUGCCAACUUUGAGCAGUUCCUACAGGAGCGCAUCAAAGUGAACGGUAAAUCAGGAAAUCUGGGAGGUGGAGUUGUGUCCAUUGAGAGGAGCAAGAGCAAAAUCACAGUUUCUUCUGAGGUGCCCUUCUCCAAGCGAUACCUGAAAUAUCUUACAAAGAAAUACUUGAAAAAGAAUAAUCUCAGAGACUGGUUGCGUGUUGUGGCUAACACUAAGGAAAGCUAUGAGCUUCGCUACUUCCAGAUCAACCAGGAUGAUGAAGAAGAGGAGGAGGACGAAGAUUAAAUGCUUGCCUUUUUUGUACAUUUGAAUAAAUUCACAUACAAAUUACA